CGACCAACUCCUUGUGCCCUUUCCUCGCCGGCUUCUGACUCCAACGCCGCAUACAACUGCACCUAUUUCCUGUCACGGUCCGGCGGUCCUCGGACCUCGUCCUGUGCAAAACCUCAGGGAAUUCUUCCACUCGUCUUGCGGGCUAUACGCUGGGAAUCGAUCAGAGUACUGCCUAAUGUACUCCUUUCCUUUGGUCCACAUACCAUGGCUCAUUGACGGGCACAGCAUGGAUAUAAAGGCUGGGGCGGGGUAUUGACAUGUUAGUUCAUUAACCGACUCUGUCAAAUCUUUCACGCCUCUGUCAAUCAGCAACACCCCUCUGAAAGUGAUCAUGUCUGGCCCAGUGAACAUCGUCUCAGCGCUUGGGGCACCCAAGCGUGUUAACGAUCUCACUCGCUCCCUGGAUUCGUACAAGACGAUCACGAAUACGUUCGACUCUCUGUUGCAGUUCCCUUUCCUCAACAACAUCGUCCUGUCCGACCAAUCGGAGAACGUCAACCAGGACCUUCGUAGUAUUACGGUCAACGGGUAUUCCAAGUUUGGCCAACUCAGCCAGAACAAUGUCUCUGUUGCCCAGCAAAUCAUCACCUAUGCCCGCGCGUGUCCUACGCUUCUCAAGAGCCUUACCGUCGCGGCAUACGUAGCGAGCACUAAGAACCUCAUUGACCAGUACAUCGCCCAGGCGCAAGCAACCGCAGAUGCCAGCGGGCCUUUCUUCAAGGAGUUCGCCGAUUACAUCCGCAUCGUCGAUGACCAGAUCGCUGCGAUGACGAAGAAGAUCGGGGACCUGACCAGCCAGAUCGCUGCCGCGCAGAGCAAUCUUGACAAUCUCAAUGUCGGUCAAGUUGUCAGCGAUCUCCUCUCCCAAUUGUUCAAGCUUGCUGCCGGCGAGGACGGCGAGAUCCAGAUGGCCACCAUGCUUCAGGUCGGCAUCGACACAUUCAAGACCACUUUCAAGAAGCUCUUUGAGGAGAAAGCAAAACUUCAGAAGCUCAUUGACGGUCUCACCACCCUGCAGACGAACUUAAAGCAGAUCAAAACAAUGUUCACCACUCUGAGCAAGUCGCUCACUAACGUUCUCGCGGACUCGACUUCCCUGCUUGGUAUAUGGACAGACGUCUCGGAUAAUCUGGGAGAAGUUGAUGAUGUAAACCGCAAGCUUACGGCUGAGGAGUUGGAGAAGACUGGUAGUGCCUGGAGUGCCGCCUCAACGACCGCGCAGAAAUAUGUCAACGCGAUUACUGGCACCCCCUCAAAACCAACAAGUCUGAAGAACGAGAUACGCAGUGCGGUGGACUCUAAAGAUGUGCCGUCUCUCCAAUCUCUUCCGUCUUCCAAGGCCGAGCUAGCCCUGGCCAAGUACAUUGCACAGGCGAGCGCCUCUGGAUUGAUCUCUCCGGAUACGGAGACCAGGCUCCCUGUUUCUUACAUGGCUGCGGUAGCUGAGUUAAAUCUUCCCCAGGGUGACAAGGAGAAGCUCGAGAAGGCUGCCAGUCCUCCAGAACAAACCCAGGAGACACUCGACUUGCUCGCAGACCGCGCUUCUGGUAUUCUCGGCGAGUUUAACACCAUCCUACAGCUGCCCUUCUUGGAUCAGCUUCAGUGUACGAACCCUGACAAGGGCGACGAAAAGAUUGUCAUCCAAUCUAUGGUGACAGCUUACCAGACGGAAUACUUCAAGCUCCAGCAAGAUACGAUUCCUCUCGCCAUGAACUUGAAGACCUACUCAACAGCUCAGAUCAAGCUUCUGCCGAUAGUUGAUCCAUCGACCAACCCCAAGCCCGGCUAUCUCUCGGUUGAUCAGUACUUGGAAGCCAACAAAGGCCUUACUGAUCAGUACAAAGCUGCCUCUGAAGUCAUUUUCAACGCCACCCUUGCCUUCAAGCAGAGAUGGGACAACGCUUGCCUUGCUGUCAAACAGGCUAUCGAGGAGUGCAAGUCAAAUAUUACGGCCUGGGAAAAGACGAUUGGUGAACUAUCGGAGGAAGUGAAAAAGCAAACUCUUUAUGCUGUGCUCGCCGGUAUUGGGGCAAUUGCAUGCUUUGCAGCCGCAGCAUUCAUUCCUGGUGGUGUACUCGUGUCCGGUGCCCUUAUUUCGGGCGGCGUCGCACUUAUCAUGGAAACCAUCAAUGCGCUGAAACAGCGGAAUCAGCUUCUCCAGACCAUUGAAGAGCUGAAAGUUCGGAUCGAAUCAACUAGGGAGACCCAAAGGAGGCUCGAAAUCCUCCUACCCUUGAUGGUAAAGGUCGCAGACAGCCUCAGCGACAUCACUACCGUGUGGAGCGAUAUCACUCAGAACCUCAACGACGUGCAAGCCUGGCAAAUCCUGCUUGAUAACCCGGAUCUUUUGACCACCCUAAGGCCAUUGAUCAUCGAGAAUUGGACCAAUGUGCAGACGGCGACGCAGACAUACGUGGACAUCAUCACGAAGAACCCUGUCCCGCUCUAG